UCUGGAUCUUUAGUCUUUGCUUUGGCGAUGGCAGACGAGCAGCGUCUUCACAUAGCAGCGCUUCCCUGCGAUGGAUCCGGCCACAUCAAUCCCAUGCUCGAGCUUUGCCGCCGCCUCGUCCCGCUGGGAUUUCACGUAAGCUUUGUUCUUCCCAGGAAUCUGUGCUCCAAGGUGGAGUCGAGCCUGCGGGAAGAUGACCUCCACAUCGAUCUGGUGCCGAGCCCACCCACGGACGUGUCACUUAUCAGAGCUGCAGAGCUCCAAGAGGAAGUGAAAGCGGUUCUAGAGGCCCUCCGACCACCGGUGAAGUGCCUAAUCUCUGAUUUCUUCUUGGGCUGGUCACAGGACGUCGCCGCGAGCCUGGGAAUCCCACAGAUCGCCUUAAACACCAGUCACGCGAUCAAUGAGGUGCUCUUCUACCAUAUCCCAGAGCUCGAGUCCCGGGGUUAUAUUCCUGCCAGUGGCAACCCCGACCACCAAACUCUGAUCGACUUCAUUCCCGGCCUCGAGCCUUUCCCGAGGAGACUGCUUCCUCUUGGCUUCCAGCGCGGCGGUCCUGUUGUGCUUCUUCUGGGAGCUGCUGCAAAGCGAACAAAGGAAGCUGCGUGUGUUCUCGUCAACUCCAUCGAGGAGCUGGAUCACGAACUUGUGACUUCGCGCAGGAAAGAGUUUCCCAACUAUCUGCCAGUCGGACCACUCGUACCUCCGGCGCUUCUGCAAGAGCACGAAACUAUCAGUUCUCCAGAAGAAGACACUAGUAUCAGCUGGUUGGACAAACAACCUCACCGCUCGGUUCUCUACAUCGCCUUCGGAAGCGUCAUCUCCCUCCCGGCUGAUCAAGUGGAGAAGAUCGCUAAAGCUGUGCAAGCCACUCACCAGCCAGUCUUGUGGGCGAUCAGACGAAACUUUGCAAGCGACGCACCUGAAAACUUCUUCGAAAGCCUGCAAGAAAAAGUUGGAGAGCACAGUUUAGUUGUGGAAUGGGCUCCACAAGUGCCUGUCUUGCGCCAGUCCGCAGUUGGAGCCUUCUUAACGCACUGUGGAUGGAACUCGGUGCUAGAGGCCCUGCUCUGUGGAGUACCAACACUUUGCUGGCCGUGCGCCUACGAGCAGAACUCGAAUGCUCAUGUAAUGACGGAGAAGUGGAAGACUGGGGUGAAGUUGGCUGAUGGACCCGACGAUGGUGUCAAAUGCGAAGACUUGGAGAAGAUCAUAGAUGCUGUAAUGAAUGGCGAAGAAGGAAAAACAAUGAGACGCAGAGCCGAAGCUCUCAAGGAGAUUGUGAGGAAAAGUACUGGCCUCGAGAGAAACAUUCGGCAACUCAAGAACGUGAUUGUAGCCGCUUCUCAGUAGACAAUCUCCAAGCAUCGCUGAUCUGGAGAAGCUCCACUCACUUCAACGAAAGUCAGCAAAAAGAAGAGAGAAAAGAAAAAAUAAAAUACAUACCUUUGAGAGGAGCUUCCACAUCGAUCACUGAUCUCGAAGCAGAAACAUCGCUGGUCUGGAGAAGAAGCUCCACCCGUGAAAAAUAAAAAAUCUAGCACUUUCUACA